CAAUGACUUCGCAUAAUGCUAACAACUCCCGCGCGGGGAGCUUGUAGGAUCCGGGCUGGACCAUACUCGAGUACUCUGCAUGAGAAACCGAGCAUGUAGAUAGCUGGGUAUUGCAUGCUAGCCCGAAGUCGGAAGCAACGUUUGGCAAGAGGCUGGUAUUGGAGUCAUCCGAAUGACGCGACUAUCUCCGACUGAACUUUGCACACACCACUACUAACCUUCUACGCCCGUCGUCACCAUGGUCAACCGUUCCGACGUCAACUACUUUGGCGCUGGCCCCGCACCCCUGCCUACUGAGGUCCUCGAGAAGGCCUCGCAAGUGCUUCUGAACUACAAAGACAAGGGCAUUGGUCUCUGCGAAAUUUCCCAUCGCUCGCCAGAGGCCAACGAGAUUCUUGCCGACACCAAGAAGGCGCUUAGCGACUUGCUCGAAAUCCCGGACGACUACGAGAUCCUCUUUCUCCAGAGCGGCGGCAGCGGCGAGUUCAGUGCGACCGUAUACAACCUCGUCUCGAUAUGGGUCGAGAGGAAGCGCGCAAAGAUUGCGGAAGAAGUGGGCGACAACAAGGAUGAGGUAAUGAAGAGGCUGCGCAAGGUCGUUGACGACGAGCUCAAACUCGACUACCUCGUCACCGGCUCUUGGUCGCUCAAGGCAUCGCAAGAGGCAGCACGUCUUGUAGGAGCCAAGCACGUCAACGUGGCCACCGACUCGCGCAAGAUCAACGACGGGAAAUUUGGCAAGAUCGCUUCGGAAGACCAGUGGAGCCUGACUCCGCGUUCCAAGGGCGGGCCAGCCUUUGUAUACUUCUGCGACAACGAGACCGUCGACGGAGUCGAGUUCCCAUCUUUCCCUCAGAGCCUCGAGGGCGACGAUGCACCCCUGGUCUGCGCCGACAUGUCGUCAAACUUCAUCUCCCGGAAGGUCGACGUGCGCAAGUACGCCAUCAUCUUCGGUGGCGCCCAAAAGAACAUCGGUAACACGGGCAUCGCUAUCGUCAUCAUGCGGAAGUCGCUCCUUCCGCCACACUCGACACCGGCCUCGCCCGACCUGAUGAGAGAGCUCAACCUAUCAGUUGGCCCCAUCGUGCUCGACUACCCCACAAUCGCGAAAAACAACUCGCUUUACAAUACACUGCCCAUCUUCGAUGUCUGGGUGGCUGGCCAGGUCAUGUCCGGACUCGUCAGCUCCUAUGGUGCCAAGCGCAUUGGUGGCCAAGAGGAAGUCUCCAACGAGAAGGCGCGGCUUAUCUACGAUAUGCUUGAGAAAUACUCCAAUGUCUACCAGGUAGUGCCAGACAAGUCUGUACGCAGUAGAAUGAACAUAUGCUUCCGCGUCAACGGCGGCGAUGCGGACAAAGAGAAGGCCUUCCUUGCAGGCGCAGAGAAGAAGGGUCUGCUGGGUCUGAAAGGCCACCGCAGCGUAGGCGGCAUCCGUGCCAGUAAUUACAAUGCCGUCUCGCUAGAUGGCACGAAGCUACUCGUCUCGUACCUUGAAGAAUUUGCAAAGUCGGCUUGAGUAAGGCUUUGCGCAGCACUGUGUGUCAGUCCCAUUCAAGGGAAAAAUUGAACACCGUAAAGCCUACAUCAACGCUACAUCUUCUUCUUUGCUUAUCGUACGCUCACUGUAGGCUA